AUGAGUUCAGCAAUGACGCCCGAAGAAGAGGAAGCCUCCAGACUGUACAGGAUCUUCAAGACGCUCCUUGAAAUGGUGUCUGACCGAGGAUAUCAAGUAUCUCAAGCACAAUCAGGUCAAUCAUUAGAAGAAUUCAAACAGAUUUAUUGUCCAAAUGGCAAACCAGAUCGUCCAAACAUGUCUUUUAUUGUCAAGUAUCCUGAUGAGAGGGGAGGCGAUGAGUUACUGGUGGUGUUUCAUGAUGAGAAAGUUGGGAAGGAAAUCAUUAAAAUGAUAUUCAAAAGAAUGGAAGAAAUGAGAUACUCUCGAGGCAUCCUUGUCUUUCAGAAAUCACUCACUUCUCAAGCGGCUCAGAUCGUACAAGAAAUGCAACAAACCUACCACCUCGAACUUUUCAAGGAAAACGAACUAUUGGUCAACAUUACACGACACAUUUUGGUACCUGCUCAUGAGGUCAUGAGUGAUGCUGAAAAGAAGCAGUUGCUGCAACGAUAUCGAUUGAAAGAACAACAACUCCCACGAAUCCAACUUGGAGAUCCAAUAGCAAAAUAUUAUGGAUUGAAACGUGGACAGGUUGUGCGUAUUAUUCGGCCUAGUGAGACUGCUGGAAAAUAUGUCACAUAUCGUCUAUGCUGGUAG